AUGGGACAAGAACUUUCUCAACCAACAGCUCCUGGACAAGUAUGUGGCCUGCGGCAGCUUGAAUUGUGUGCUGCAGGGAGAGAAGGCGCUCUGGGGCAGUGCCAAGAUGAGCCCCAGGAGGAGGACGGGUAUUUAUUUGAUGUGAAUUCAGUGCAGGAGUUUGCAAAUCCCAACAGGCCUAUGGGUAGCACCCGGCUGCCCACAGACAGUAACAACGGUCACAAGGAAGAGGCUGAAGAUCAAGGACCUGACAACAAGGACCAAGGAUACAGCAGCUGCAGCCAGGAAGAGGAGAGGUGGGAAAAGGGGCUCAGAGAUUUAUAUUAUCAAGCUACAAAUGAGAAAAUCCAAGAUAUCAUAACAUUGUCCUUCGGUGGAGACCGUCUACCUUUCUCCCCAGAGAAAAAUGAUGACAGAAGAAGGAAAGCACAAACAGACUGGAUUAAACCCAAUGAAAUCCUAAACGGUGGAGUCUAUGUAGACCAGAACAAAUUUCUUUGUUACGCAGACACAAUUCAUUGGCAAGAUAUUGUUCGGAAUCCAUGGCCUUCCAACUUGACCCUGGUGUCAACAAAUGGGAGCUCAGGAUGUGGACGUUGCCAUAAGUCCUGUACUGGCCGAUGCUGGGGACCCACAGAAAAUCAUUGCCAGACUUUGACAAGGACAGUGUGUGCAGAACAAUGUGAUGGCAGGUGCUACGGACCCUAUGUCAGUGACUGCUGUCAUCGAGAGUGUGCUGGAGGCUGCUCAGGACCCAAGGACACCGACUGCUUUGCCUGCAUGAAUUUCAAUGACAGUGGAGCUUGUGUUACUCAGUGUCCCCAAACUUUUGUCUACAACCCAACCACCUUUCAACUGGAGCAUAACUUCAAUGCAAAGUACACAUAUGGAGCAUUUUGUGUCAAGAAAUGCCCACAUAACUUUGUGGUCGAUUCCAGUUCCUGUGUGCGUGCCUGCCCUAGUUCCAAGAUGGAAGUAGAAGAAAAUGGAAUUAAAAUGUGUAAACCUUGCACUGAUAUUUGCCCCAAAGCUUGCGAUGGCAUUGGUACGGGAUCAUUGAUGUCAGCACAGACCGUGGAUUCCAGUAACAUCGACAAAUUCAUCAACUGCACCAAAAUCAACGGGAAUUUGAUCUUUCUUGUCACUGGUAUUCAUGGCGACCCUUACAAUGCAAUUGAAGCCAUAGACCCAGAGAAACUGAAUGUCUUCCGAACAGUCCGAGAGAUAACAGGUUUCUUGAACAUACAGUCAUGGCCCCCAAACAUGACUGACUUCAGUGUUUUUUCUAACCUGGUGACUAUUGGUGGAAGAGUACUCUAUAGUGGCCUCUCCUUGCUAAUCCUCAAGCAACAAGGCAUCACUUCCCUGCAGUUCCAGUCCCUGAAGGAAAUCAGUGCAGGAAACAUCUAUAUUACGGACAACAGCAACCUGUGUUAUUAUCAUACCAUUAACUGGACAACACUCUUCAGUACUCUCAACCAAAGGAUAGUAAUCCGGGACAACAGGAAAGCUGAAAACUGUACUGCUGCAGGAAUGGUGUGCAACCAUCUCUGUUCCAGCGAUGGCUGUUGGGGACCUGGGCCAGACCAGUGCCUGUCAUGCCGUCGCUUCAGCAGGGGAAGGACCUGCAUAGAGUCCUGUAACCUCUACGAUGGUGAAUUUCGGGAGUUUGCGAAUGGCUCCAUCUGUGUAGAGUGUGACCCCCAGUGUGAGAAGAUGGAAGAUGGCAUCCUCACAUGCCAUGGACCGGGACCUGACAACUGUACAAAGUGCUCCCACUUUAAGGAUGGCCCAAACUGUGUGGAAAAAUGUCCAGAUGGCUUACAGGGGGCAAACAGUUUCAUUUUCAAGUACGCGGAUCAGGACCGGGAGUGCCACCCAUGCCAUUCGAACUGCACACAAGGGUGCAUAGGCUCAAGUAUUGAAGACUGCAUCGGCCUGAUGGAUAGGUGUAGCGGUCCCACUAGUCAUGACUGCAUUUACUACCCUUGGACGGGCCAUUCCACUUUACCACAACAUGCUAGAACUCCUCUAAUUGCAGCUGGAGUCAUUGGAGGGCUCUUCAUCCUGGUCAUCGUGGGUCUGACGUUUGCAGUGUAUGUGAGAAGGAAGAGCAUCAAAAAGAAAAGAGCCUUGAGAAGGUUCCUGGAAACAGAGCUGGUAGAACCCUUAACUCCCAGUGGCACAGCGCCCAAUCAAGCUCAACUUCGUAUUUUGAAAGAAACUGAGCUCAAAAGAGUAAAAGUACUUGGCUCGGGUGCUUUUGGAACCGUGUACAAAGGUAUCUGGGUACCUGAAGGAGAAACAGUGAAGAUCCCUGUGGCUAUUAAGAUUCUUAAUGAAACAACUGGCCCCAAAGCCAAUGUGGAGUUCAUGGACGAAGCUCUGAUCAUGGCAAGUAUGGACCAUCCACACUUAGUCCGGCUAUUGGGUGUGUGUCUGAGCCCAACCAUCCAGCUGGUUACACAACUUAUGCCCCAUGGCUGCCUGUUGGAUUAUGUCCAUGAACACAAGGAUAACAUUGGAUCACAGCUGCUGCUUAACUGGUGUGUCCAGAUAGCUAAGGGAAUGAUGUAUCUGGAAGAACGACGGCUUGUUCAUCGUGAUUUGGCAGCUCGGAAUGUCUUAGUGAAAUCUCCAAACCAUGUGAAAAUCACAGAUUUCGGACUUGCCAGGCUCUUGGAAGGUGAUGAAAAAGAGUAUAAUGCUGAUGGAGGAAAGAUGCCAAUUAAAUGGAUGGCUCUGGAGUGUAUACACUAUAGGAAAUUCACCCAUCAGAGUGACGUUUGGAGCUAUGGUGUCACUAUAUGGGAACUGAUGACCUUUGGAGGAAAACCCUACGAUGGAAUUCCAACCCGAGAAAUUCCUGAUUUAUUAGAGAAAGGAGAACGUUUGCCCCAGCCUCCUAUCUGCACUAUCGACGUUUAUAUGGUCAUGGUCAAAUGUUGGAUGAUCGAUGCUGACAGUAGACCUAAAUUUAAGGAACUGGCUGCUGAAUUUUCCAGGAUGGCUCGAGACCCUCAAAGAUAUCUAGUUAUUCAGGGUGAUGAUCGUAUGAAGCUUCCCAGUCCAAAUGACAGCAAGUUCUUUCAGAAUCUCUUGGACGAAGAGGAUUUAGAAGAUAUGAUGGAUGCCGAAGAAUACCUGGUUCCUCAGGCUUUCAACAUCCCGCCUCCCAUCUAUACUUCCAGAGCAAGAAUUGAUUCCAAUAGGAGUGAAAUUGGACACAGCCCUCCUCCCGCCUACACCCCCAUGUCAGGAAACCAGUUUGUAUACAGAGACGGGGCUUUCGCCGCAGAACAAGGAGUGCCCGUGCCCUACAGAGCCACGACCAGCACCAUCCCAGAAGCUCCAGUUGCUCAGGGGGCUACAGCUGAGAUUUUUGAUGACUCCUGCUGCAAUGGCACCCUCCGCAAACCGGUGGCACCCCACGUCCAAGAGGAUAGCAGCACCCAGAGGUACAGCGCUGACCCCACAGUGUUUGCCCCAGAACGGAGCCCACGAGGAGAGCUGGAUGAAGAAGGUUACAUGACCCCCAUGCGAGACAAACCCAAACAAGAAUAUCUGAACCCUGUGGAGGAGAACCCGUUUGUUUCUCGGAGAAAAAAUGGAGACCUUCAAGCUUUGGAUAAUCCUGAAUAUCACAAUGCUUCCAAUGGCCCGCCCAAGGCAGAGGAUGAGUAUGUGAAUGAGCCACUGUACCUCAACACUUUCGCCAAUGCCUUGGGGAAUGCCGAGUACCUGAAGAACAGCAUACUGUCUGUGCCAGAGAAGGCCAAGAAAGCAUUCGACAACCCUGACUACUGGAAUCACAGCCUGCCACCUCGCAGCACCCUCCAGCACCCAGACUACAUGCAGGAGUACAGCACAAAAUAUUUUUAUAAACAAAAUGGACGAAUCCGGCCUAUCGUGGCAGAGAAUCCUGAAUACCUCUCUGAGUUCUCGCUGAAGCCAGGCACUGUGCUGCCUCCUCCGCCCUACAGACACCGAAACACUGUGGUGUAAACUCAGCAGUGGUUUUAAGGUGGAAAGACACACCCACUCCAAUUUCCCUGCCACCUCUCUUCCUCUUAUGGUCUUCCUUCUAUCCCCAAGGCCAGUAGUUUUGAAACUUCCCAGUGGAAGAUAUAGAAAUGCAAUGAUAGUGAUGUGCUUAUCUCACUUGAACAUUAGAAGGAAGUACUGAAAGAGAAAGACAGGAAAACACCACAGUUUCUUCAUUUCUCUGCAUGGGUUGGUCAGGAGACUGGAACAGCUAGAAAAGGACCAGAAAAUAUAAGGCAGUACUGCCUGCUAUCAAACUACUUCUCAACUUUUUGUUUUUCUCUUUUUAAUCUUUUUUCUAUUUUUUUAAAAAAUUCAAAGCCUUGAAACACCCAUGCUAUCUGUUCCAAUCUGCAGGAACUGACGUGUACAGUUUUAGCAUCCCUGGAAGUCCUAAUACAGUUUCUAUUAGAAUAAAAGGAUAGCCUUUUCUAUAACACAUGAUAGUAACUGAGAUUGAGACUUCAGUUUCUUUCUCCAAUAGUGUCUAUCCUGACAAGCAAGAAUGGACAACUCAGCUUUCAUUAAGUUUAAAUCUACAUCAAAGUUAUAACUAGUAAUUAUGUUUGGAGGGCUUUCUUGUUUUUCUCUUUUCUUUUUUUGCCCCCCUUUGUUCUAUCUGUUUGUAUUACUUCUCCCCCUUUUUUUUGGCUUUAAUUUGUAAUUGCAAAGAGUGUUACAUCUAAGCUUCUUAUGCAUUGCUAUAAAUUGACAGAAUUUUAAUAAGAAAUAUUUUAAUAUAGUGAGAUGGCCACUAUUUUAAAUAUGCAGCCUUUAAAAUUAGACGAGGAGGCCAAGAUAUUAAUCAAAUGUAGCAUCAAAUCUAACUAUCAUGUUUUACACUAUUGAAUAUGUACCCAUCCCCAUUCCUUUAUAUUCUUUAAUGUUUUCUUGUCCUCCAUAAAUGGCAGUACUUGAUAAGCAGUUGGUAAUGUUAAAGUGGAAGGGAAACUAAGAGACAGUUCUCUGUGGUUCAUGAAAACUACUGACAACUUUCAGGGGUGAGCCAAUGGAAAAUCCAUUGAACUGGAAGAAACACACUGGAUUGGGUAUGUCUACCUGGCAUAUACUCAGAAAUGUAGUUUGCACUUAAGCUAUAAUUUUAUUUGUUCUCUUUCUGAACUCCAUUUUGGAUUUUGAAUGAAGCAAUAUGGAAGAAACCAGCAAAAUAACUAACUUGAGUACCUUUUUAAAAAAAGAGAUAAGGUAAAGAAAGACUGGAAAUGCCAAAACAAGCAAAUUGAGACUUUGGAACAGUAUCCAGGGAUUAUGGUGAGAGGGCCAGCACAUUAUUUACAUGUGACAUCACAUUUGUUUUUCAUAAGUUGUCCAAUUUGUAUACUGCAUAUUAAGGACUGCAAGUAAGGAUUAGCUUGAAUUCCAUGGAAUUUCUAGUAUGAUAUUCUAUUUAUAUUAAGUGGAAGGUAACUCUUUGCACAUAAAUUAGUAUAAUAAAAAGAAAUACACAAACAUUCACAGCUUAUAGAUAGGCCCUUGAGUCAAAUGUUGUAAAUAAAUGUGAAAAAUCUUCUCAUGUAAUUAUUUUAAUAUCCAAUAUACUAAUCUUUUGAUACUUCAUAUAAGAACUCUUUUUCUUCAAAUACAACAUCCUAGUUCUAGAUCCAUCUUUAUUAUGUAUGAUUUUACAAGAAUACCUGCUGAGUUAAGAUGAGCAAUUGAGCAAUAGGAACAAAAUGGUAGAAAAUAGAGUCUCCAGGAAAAAGGAACCUUAGGUGAGUAAUUAGGAAAACUGGAUGUAAGUCUCUCUCUUGUCUAGGGUCAAAUUUGAAUCUAUCAUAUAUAUUCUCCAUUGGUAAAACAGAAUUUAGGGGAAAAUGCAAAUAAAUCUAUGUUUCUGCUUAUUUUGAAAAAGUAAAUGUAUCCAUCCACUCAACUCCUUCAUUUUUUUCAACUGAUAUUUACUUAGAGUCUACUAAAAUCACUGUGUUAUGUGGGGGAAUACCCACAUAAAUGUAAUAUUACUAUUAACUGAAAAAUUCUACAGCCUAGAUUUAUUUGGAACUACAUUUGUAUUCCUCCAUAAGUUCAAAAAAUAAGAUAGGGACUUUUUGUGAGCAGUCAUCAUAAAAUCAGCUGUUUGUUAAAAGAUCUCCAGUGAACUCAUUUGGGCUAUGCAUUAAACAUCCUGAAAAUUACUGAAGUUGGCAUAUAAGAUAGUUUCAAUGUUAUCAUCUAAACACAAACUGGUCUAGAAGGAUAGUGCAUCGCUGGCUUGUUAGCAUAUCUGGAUUCUAACUUGAUCAUUAAAUCAAUGGUUGAUGAUGGUCUUUGGCCAAGAACCUUGGAGGCAUUGGGAUGGGUUUUGUCCUAAAUUAUGAGAAGUAAGGUAAGCUAAAAGAGUGAGGAAUAGCAAGGGAGUGGUUUGUGAGAUCCCUUCUAGUACAGUUCAACUAUGAACUUCCUAAGGUUGAAAAUACAGACUGAGUCAGGGGUUGCAGCCUAACAGCUCAGAGCUCUCCCACCCAUUCAGAGGAACAUCCAGGAAAAGGAGACCUCACAUCAAUACUUACAAAAAUUUGGAUAUAAGCCUCCUCUUUUAGAUAAAUCUGUACCUACCCAUCACUGACAGCACACUUAUUGGAUACUAGAACUUGACGCCCCCUUCUGAUUUACAAUGUUCAUAUGUCUCUAUUGUGGUAUGGAAAGCACAAUCAUUUAUUUUGAAAAAGGGAAAAAUUUAUUUUUUCUUUUUUUUUUUCUGUUAAAGUACUAGAAAUGCAUUCAGUGAAUGUAGUCUCCUUCAUUCUAAGAACACGAGACCCUUACACAUCAGGUAAUCUCCCACUGCUAACUGGAGAUAGAUGCAAGUAUAAUCCAAAAUGACUCAAAAGGUUUCACAAGAGCUCCACUUUACUGUUCCUUUUUCAGUGAUUUCUGUAGUACAUACUUGAUUUCAAUAGUUUUAAGAUUUCUCUUUUGUUUUAUUUUUGUCCCCCUAGGAAAACAUAUUUCAGAGAGUAUGAAAGGGAGAAAACAAAAAAAGUUUCAUUUGUUCCAAAGAAUAAUUUAUUCAACCUAGUAGGGCAAAUUUUUAAAUGCCAAGUAAAGCCUGCAAAGUGUAUUGGAAUAUCAGAUUUCAGAGGCGAGAUGUAUCAGCGCAAAUCUUCAGAAUCAUUUAAGCAAUUUGAGAAAAAUUGAUAUUAAAAUUAUGCAGACUAUUUUUUUAAAUAACCAAAUUUUGUAGCUUAUACCUAUCUUGGGGAAUCUUAUUUUCGGAUAUUGAAAAACUGUUACUAAAUGGUUGUUUAAAGAAGUAGUUCUUAGGGUGAGAAAAGAUGUCCUCUAAACCAGGGUAGACCCAGAACCACAACACAUCCUGUACCAAGAAGAGGUGCUUGGACUGCUGAGCAGCAGUUGGCUUUCUGAAUAUUAGUAGCACAGGUUAGGAUAAGAGUUCUUUUUCAAGUGAUAAUCCUGAAAUAGCAUUAAAAACAGAAACAAUGCAAUACUCUUAUUAUAUUUAAAAACACAAACUUAAAAUAGGAGAUUUUUCUUAGUAGAUCAGGAAGAAUGACUGAAUAUCUGCAACUUAAGAGAAGACAUAGUGUUCUUCUAAGUGUUACAAUGUGUGUGUUAAUACCUUCUAAAGGCAGGACAUGGCGUGGAGAUCAUGCAUGUGCCCAAUGCCAAGUACAAACCAGUAGAAGGACUGUGAAGUUCUGCUGCUACGUGAAGCUGGAGGAGCUAUGAACGUGCUUCUUAAAGUGUCAAGAGUGAAAAGAAAAAUAAACAUGUGUAAGCCCGACAGGGAAGGAUGUAAAUAUAAGUUUUUGAGAGCUAUCUAACCUUAUUUCAAAACUUGAAUUAUUCAUCCAUCUAUAAAUGUUGAUUAUUUAACUAGUAUAUGUAGUUCAUAAGGUAAUAGGAAAGGUGAUCAUGAAAGCAUGUAUAUAACUGAGCAGAACCAUGAUAAUGCUGUAAGAUGUAGAUUUAGUUAGGUUAUGAGACAUUAAAUGAUUUUAAUACUAUUAAGUAAAUGAAACUAGAAAAUUAAACACAAAAUAUAAUGUAAUAAAAUAAAAUGCAAGAUAUGAACGUGUAGGAUGGAUUUUGCAUAGUAAAAAAAUAAGUUUGCCAUUUAAAAUUGUUAUUUGUUAGGUUUAGCUGAAAGUAGGCAUAUACAGAGCUGGUUCCACUUCUGACAAUUUGCUUUAAAGCAUUAUCAUUAAUUUCUUCUUCAUUCUUUUAUUCCUUUAUCACACUUUAAAUGUAUUAAGGGUAAAGAUAAUUUUUUUAAAAAAAACCUGUUUUGCAAACACUACCCUGUAGAAGCAAAUAUGUCCCUCAUGACUUUAAUUAAGAAGGCUUCAUAAUGAAGGAAGGGAAAUGAAAGUGUUCUAUUACCUUAUGCAGAGACAGAGAAUGAGUGAUGCCAUUUCGUAAACAAACAAAAUACAUUUACUGUGUGACGUGUUCUUUCUUUUUCCAUAACACCUCCCAUUUCCAAAGACAAAACCAAGGAACUAGUUAACAAUAUUCUGAUAAAUAAAUGCUAAAUAAACCAAGCAUUUCAAACUGCUGUAUUUCCAUUACUUUGGACUCUAGUUAUUAGACUGAUGGUUUUUAAUAAGGCAGAUGAGCAACCCACGCGGAUAAGCUGCUAGUUGUUAAAAAGCCAGAUAAAUUCCCUUCUUCGUAUGCUAUGGACAGAGAACUCCGCUGUGCCUCUCCUUGUGUAUAUGGAUUGUGAAGGGCAGGCUUGUACCCAUGUAGAGACAUAAAGGCAGACUCAAGUCUCCUGAUUGUCAUUUGCUUUAGAACGAAUAACCUACAGAAGUAGAUUGGAUGUGAUUUUAAAAUAACAACAUCAGUGGAGACCUCGAUAUUGCUGAUAUUACAGUGGGGCCAGCUUUUAUAUUUCUGGGUAGCAUUAAUACGAUGUUUCUGAUCCCGGAGAUGUCUUUGCGAGAUGAGUUCUCUCUACAGUUGCAAACAUGAAGCUGUUGAUUGUGUCAGGAAAACCUUGUGUUUGUGUGGACAAGUGGCUUUUAACACCAUGGCUGCUUUGUUCUUUUCAUUAAAAGAAAAGUCUCCAUAAAAGAGUAGAAAUUUGAGAUGCCCUCUUGAAGUCCCCCUAAUUUUGUGGAGGUGCAAAAAAUGUAGGACUUGUCACUUUUGCAGACCCCUGUCUCAACUCUUCCCAGCCAAGUGAUACUUUGGGCAGAAGAAAAUGCUUUUCUAGUUGCAAGCCGAAAAGAAGCUAAGCCCAAUUUCAUGGGGGUAUUCACAUGCAUCCCCUGGAAAAUACUCUCUGACAGUCGGUUUUACAAUUAAGUGAUUAUCUUGUUAGGCAUCACAGACAAAUUCAUUUCUCUCUGGACCUUGGAGGAAAAUGCCCCCCUUAUUUCUUUUCCUAUUGGCACAACUGCCUCCGUUCUCUUCACUUUUCUAUCACUCAUUCAGAGGGGUCCUCUGGAUGCUUAAGCCAUAGUGGACCCCUGAGGUCCCGCACCCUGCUUUGGGAAAUAAUGACUUAACCUCUGCCCUCAAAUGCUUGACUUUUCCAUAAAAAGAUUCUAGCAAUUUGGACAUUAUCUGAAUUACUUCUCAAAUAAAUUACUGCACAGAAUAUACUUUAUGAUAUUAAAAUUUUGUUUUUCCAUGAAGAUUGAUUCCUUUACUAUGUCCUUCUCUGUAAGAAUUGGGGACGAGUCAGCCCUGCAAUGAAUCUUGAAACUCAUAUUAUGUGCACAUGCCCUUGGUACAUCUUAGGUUGAAUGUUUUCAUAAAAACCUGACAUAUAACUAAGAAGUCAGUUUUGCCAGCAAAUUAACUUAUUUGCUUUAUCUCAUUUUAUUCCUGAUCGCAAAUAGUUUAUAGCUGCUGUAUUUUUUUUUUCACAAAUGAAGAGUCUUAUUAUCGUAAAGGUAAAGGAGACCCAGCUUUGAGAACCAGCUGUAAUCCUUUAUUGGUUCAUUCAUCCAUCGAAGAAAUAUAUAAUGAGUGCAGUUUUGCUGUAAUGAAAAUCCGUGUUGUCUAAUAGGGUGCCAUUCUUUCUCUAUUUUGCUCUCUAAGGACGUUUUUCUUCGAACGCUCUCAUGAGUUUUACCCAUAUCAUGAGAAGUGGUUAUAUUUGUACAAAUAUACAAAUAUAAGAAAAACUUUCAUACCUGUAGGCAGCAGUCUAACAUGUCCAAACCACUUUGCCUUUACUGCUAUUUUUACUCCUGAUGUGUAGAUGUUUCUCCCAGGCCUGUAGCCCUUUUGAAGGAAGGCAAAUCAUACCUCCUCUAUACUGGCAUAACCUGCUUUUCGAGGAUCAUUUCCAGAUUUUUUAGUUAAUGAAGGGUUGUACUUUUUCCCUAAUGUGAAAGUCAUUUUCCUGUAUAUUUCUGGAUAUCUCAGGGGCUGGGAGGGGGGAGUGAGGGGACUACACCAUAGCACUCCAAGAACCCUUUUGGGAUUACUCCAGUACUCAACUACGAAAGUUAUUUUCUAAAUGUAGAUACGUACGCUGUUCUUUUAAAAGUAAGGUACUUUGAAAUAUGUAGCAUAAAUUGGUACUGCUGUUAAAUGGGUCGAUUAUUAAGCUGAGCAGCUGUGUGAAGGCAGCUAACUUUGAAUGCACCCCUCAUUGGCUGGUGUGUCAACAUCUCACGCUGUGAGCGCCAGGGACUCGCAUUGCUGCGUGUCAAAACUGCAUUUUCUCAUGGUGUGACUGGCCAUUGAUCUUUCUUGAGCACCAUUGUGACAAGAUGAAAUGAAAAUGAGACCAAUCUGCAAGACAUUUCAUAGCACAAAUAAUAAUAAUAAUAAUAAUAGUAAUAUAAUAAUAAUGUCAUGUUAAAUCUCUCACACAUUCAUCUCAUACAUGCAUCAAAAGAGUUGAUUAAGAUCAGUUCAGGUGAUAAAGGGAGACACUCUACUGAAAAGAUAGAGGCUUAAGGUAUUUUAUACAUUUGUAUUCAUUUCCUUAUGUUCUUGUAAACAGAAAACAAGCCCUCUCUCUUGUGAAGUAUCUUCAAAGGACAGGGGUGCAAAGUCCUUACCAACAUAGUUGGUAAGCCAUAAAUGUUUCAUUAAAAUCCCAGUGUUCAAAGUUAGCUGCCUUUUGAAAUAAACAAAAAAUACUACUGUAUGUUUGAAAAUGUGAAUAGUAUUUUUAUAGCUUGUUAAAGACAUGGCUAGUUGCAUUUGUAAAUAAGAAUAAUGUUGCUUUGAUUUUCUUUUGUGGACAUCUUUAUUUGGAACAUAAUUGUCUUUAGGGUUGAUUUGUAUAUAAGUAAUUGGCUUGUGAUUGUUUCUUUUUGGUUGGAAGUUAUCAUUUUGACAUUACUUGUGAUUCUGUGUUUAGCACUAUUGUGACGUGUUCAACCUCUGCACUCGCUUACACAAUAGGAUAUGCCAAUUGUGUGUUGUGUAACGUUAUUUUGAUUUUUUUUCUAUUUUACCUAUGAAGGAUUAUGCACUUAACACAUACUAACUUUUUUAAUGUUAGGUGUAUUUUUUAGUAUAAUUUCCCUUAUUCAUUUUUCUCCUUCAACCCUUCACCCCAUUCUCGUUUCCUUCCCCCAAUUUCUGUUGUGAUUUGAAAAUGAGGGACAGAAAAUAUUUUAAAUUUCUGUAAUUAAGCUUUUUCGGUUAGUUCUCAAGGAUCCUCUCUUGGCUCUUGGGAAAGAAUUGUACCUGUACAAGGCAAUUAUAGAAUGCGACCUGCUUUGCCUCAUUCCGUACUGAUCAUCCUAGCUGAACAAUUUGAAAACUGUUCUGCUUUUUUGUUACAUGAAUCUGUCAGAAAUAUAUUUUUAAUUUAAUAUAAAUGAAAUUCAAUAAAAUAUGAAACAA